UUUUGGUUACACUUCUUCAAGCUGCAGGGGCCUCAGCCCCACUCCCCCACUUCCCCCCAAUCUCUGGCUCCGACAGGUGCUGGAGCCCAUUGCACUGUGCUCCUUCCCUGCUCUCCGCCCCGACUGCUGGGGAGAGGCCUCGGCUGCCACAGCCCCACUGGACUGCAGAGAAUUCAUUCCCAGGGGUGUGGCUGGAGCUUCCUCUGAAAAAGUCUCUCUCUCUGCUGAACAAGCAUUAAAACAGAGGAACUCCUGUGUGUGCAUCUCUUCACCUGUUGUUAUGUUGACUUCUUUACAUAAUGCCAAGUGUGUGAGAGAUGAGCUUUACAGACAUGUAUGAAGACAAAGUCCUGGGAGGAAGUGAUUUUUCUGUUCUAUGCUGACUCCUGCUGGAUCCUACAAAGUCUUGGCUUAAAGUUUUCAAAAUCAUUGCUUUAAAGGUUGAACCACAUACUUGCCAAUUUAGUUUUGACAGCAAGAGAUCUUUACAAGGAGUUUUCAGGCCCUAUGAGAGAAAGGGAAAGCUAAGGAUGCUGGAGCAGAACAAUGGAUUUCUCUUUCUCUUUCAUGCAAGGGAUCAUGGGAAACACAAUUCAGCAACCACCUCAGCUCAUUGACUCAGCCAACAUCCGCCAGGAGGAUGCCUUUGAUGCCAGCAGUGACAUCGCUGAAGAUGGUGGUCAGACACCAUAUGAAACUGCCCUGCAGCAAGGCUUUCAGUACCCUACUCCAACGACAGAGGAUCUUCCGCCGAUCACUAAUGGCUAUCCACCAACAAUCAAUAUGUAUGAACCUCAAGCCAAAUACCAGACAUACAGUCAGUAUCCCAAUGGUUCAGCCAAUGGCUUUGGUGCAGUUAGAAACUUUAGUCCCCCAGAGUAUUACCAAAUGGAAAACUCUAACAUGAGGCCGCAUGAAGUUCUGGAAAAACCUUCCCCUCCACAACCCCCACCACCACCACCUCCUUCAGUACCACAAACGGUGAUUCCAAAGAAGACUGGUUCACCAGAAAUCAAAUUAAAAAUAACCAAAACUAUCCAGAAUGGCAGGGAAUUGUUCGAGUCCUCUCUGUGUGGGGACCUUUUGAAUGAAGUACAGGCAAGAGAGUAUGGUAAGAUGAAACAUGAAGGGAGAAAGGAGAAAAGGAAAAAAAGUAGCAAGCAUGACUCUUCACGAUCAGAAGAACGCAAGUCACACAAAAUUCCAAAACUAGAACCAGAGGAACAAAAUAGACCAAAUGAGAGGCUUAGUGUGCUAUCAGAAAGACCAAGAGAAGAUACACUGUUGGAGGAAACCCCGGUCCAGCAGUUCUCACCAUCUCUUCCAACGCAAGUUACAACUGACAUCAAGUUUCAGGUUGGCGAUCUAGUCUGGUCCAAGGUCGGAACUUAUCCUUGGUGGCCUUGCAUGGUUUCAAGUGAUCCGCAACUUGAGGUUCAUACCAAAAUUAAUACAAGAGGUGCCCGUGAAUACCAUGUUCAGUUUUUUAGCAACCAGCCUGAGAGGGCAUGGGUGCAUGAGAAGCGGGUUCGAGAGUAUAAAGGACAUAAACAGUAUGAACAAUUAUUGGCAGAGGCUACUAAGCAAGCCAGCAAUCACUCUGAGAAACAGAAGAUUCGUAAGCCAAGGCCACAAAGAGAGCGUGCUCAGUGGGAUAUUGGUAUUGCCCAUGCAGAGAAAGCAUUGAAAAUGACUCGGGAAGAAAGGAUAGAACAGUAUACCUUCAUUUAUAUAGACAAGGAGCCAGAGGAGGCUUUGUCCAAAGCCAAAAAGACUGCUGCCCCUAAAUCAGAGGCUAAAAAGAAUCGUCGGCCUAAACCAGCAUUGAACGCUCAGACAGAACAGACCAAGGUGGUAUCAGCAUCCCCCUCAUUAUCAAAUACUGAGGUGCGAAGGCAAAGUCAAAGGAGGCAGUCAAGUGUGGAAGAAGAGGAGCCACCGCCUGUGAAAAUAGCCUGGAAAACAGCUGCAGCCAGAAAAUCCUUACCAGCUUCAAUAACCAUGCAUAAAGGGAGUUUGGAUCUUCAGAAAUGUAACAUGUCUCCAGUUGUUAAAAUUGAACAAGUUUUUGCCCUACAGAAUGCUGCUGGGGAUGGAAAAUUCAUCGAUCAGUUUGUUUACUCUACCAAGGGAGUUGGUAACAAAACUGAAAUAAGUGUCAAGGGACAAGACAAACUUAUUUCUACAUCAAACCAGAAAAAUGAGAGAGCCACUGUGCAAAAUGCAUCCUCACCCGAAACAACUUCUGGGUCAACAGGUUCUGUAGAAAAGAAGCAACAGAGAAGAUCGAUUCGAACCCGCUCAGAGUCUGAGAAAUCCACUGAAGUUGUGCCAAAGAAGAAGAUCAAAAAGGAGCAGGUAGAAAUGGUUCCACAGACAGCAGUGAAGACUGGAUUACAGAAAGGUGCCAGCGAGAUUUCAGAUUCUUGUAAACCUCUAAAGAAAAGGAGUCGGGCCUCAACGGAUGUAGAACUGACUAGUUCAGCAUACAGAGACACAUCUGACUCUGAUUCAAGAGGACUUAAUGAUCUGCAGGGUAGCUUUGGAAAGCAUUCAGACAGCCCAUCAGCUACUGCAGAUGCUUCUGAUGUACAAUCAGUAGACUCUAGCUUAUCAAGAAGAGGCACUGGAACAAAUAAGAAGGAUACUGUUUGUCAGAUCUGUGAAAGCUCUGGUGAGUCUCUGGUGUCAUGCGAAGCAGAGUGCUGUAGAGUCUUCCAUAUGGAAUGCCUGGGACUGAAAUCAAUACCUGAUGGGAAGUUCAUCUGCAUGGAGUGUAAAAAUGGACAGCACACAUGCUUUUCCUGCAAGCUUCCUGGUAAAGAUGUGAAGCGCUGUUCAGUCAAUGCUUGUGGUAAAUUUUAUCAUGAAGCCUGUGUUCGUAAGUUUGCCACUGCAGUCUUUGAGUCACGAGGAUUCCGUUGCCCGCAGCAUUGCUGUACUGCCUGCUCAAUGGAUAAGGAUAUCCACAAAGCAAGUAAAGGACGCAUGGUGAGAUGUUUGAGAUGUCCAGUUGCCUAUCACUCAGGAGAUGGCUGUAUUGCUGCAGGAAGCUUGUUUGUGUCAUCUCACAUUCUCAUCUGUAGCAACCAUUCCAAAAGGAAUCACUCUUCAUCAGCUGUAAAUGUAGGCUUUUGUUUCGUUUGUGCAAGAGGGCUGGUAGUGCAGGAUCAUUCAGACCCCCUGUUCAGUUCAUAUGCCUAUAAGUCCCACUACCUACUGAAUGAAUCAAAUCGUGCUGAGUUGAUGAAAUUACCUAUGAUUCCUCCUCCUUCGUCAGCUUCCAAAAAGAAAUGUGAGAAAGGUGGGAAGUUACUGUGCUGCGAGUCCUGUCCAGCGUCCUUCCACCCUGAAUGUCUCAACAUAGAGAUGCCAGAAGGAUGUUGGAAUUGCAAUGACUGUAAAGCUGGCAAGAAACUACGUUACAAGCAGAUUGUUUGGGUCAAGCUUGGAAAUUACAGGUGGUGGCCAGCAGAGAUCUGCAAUCCCAGGUCUGUGCCUCUCAACAUACAGGGCCUCAAACAUGAUAUUGGGGACUUCCCAGUAUUUUUCUUUGGUUCACAUGACUACUAUUGGGUGCACCAGGGCAGAGUUUUCCCUUAUGUUGAAGGAGAUAAAAGCUUUGCUGAGGGGCAAACUAGUAUUAACAAGACCUUCAAGAAAGCACUUGAAGAAGCUGCAAAACGCUUCCAGGAACUGAAAGCACAAAGAGAAAGCAAAGAAGCACUAGAGAUUGAAAGGAAUUCAAGAAAACCCCCACCUUACAAACAUAUUAAAUCCAACAAGGUAAUAGGGAAAGUUCAGAUUCAAGUUGCUGAUUUGUCAGAAAUCCCUCGCUGUAAUUGCAAGCCAUCUGAUGAGAACCCCUGUGGCCUAGAGUCAGAAGAGUGUCUGAACAGGAUGCUACAAUAUGAGUGUCAUCCCCAAGUGUGCCCAGCAGGAGAGCGCUGUCAGAACCAGUGCUUCACCAAAAGACUCUAUCCAGAUGCUGAAAUCAUAAAAACAGAUCGACGUGGCUGGGGUCUCAGGACAAAAAGGAACAUUAAAAAGGGUGAAUUUGUAAACGAAUAUGUUGGUGAAUUAAUUGAUGAAGAAGAAUGCCGAUUGCGGAUCAAACGUGCCCAUGAGAACAGCAUAACCAAUUUUUAUAUGUUAACUGUUACAAAGGACCGGAUAAUAGAUGCUGGUCCAAAGGGGAAUUAUUCUCGUUUUAUGAACCACAGUUGUAAUCCAAACUGUGAAACACAGAAAUGGACAGUGAAUGGGGAUGUUAGAGUUGGACUCUUUGCUCUCUGUGAUAUUCCUGCAGGGAUGGAGUUAACAUUUAAUUAUAAUUUAGACUGUCUGGGCAAUGGCAGGACUGAAUGCCAUUGUGGAGCAGAAAACUGCAGUGGCUUCCUAGGAGUACGGCCGAAGACGGCGUUUGCAACAGCGAAUGAAGAGAAGGCAAAGAAUGCCAAGCUAAAGCAGAAGAAACGAAAAAUAAAAACAGAGCAGAAGCAGAUGCAUGAGGACAACUGUUUCCAGUGUGGAGAUGGAGGAGAACUAGUCAUGUGUGACAAAAAGGACUGCCCCAAAGCGUACCACCUCCUAUGCCUUAACCUGACUCAGCCACCAUUUGGAAAGUGGGAAUGUCCGUGGCACCAAUGUGACAUCUGUAGCAAUCCUGCAAUUUCAUUCUGUGAGUUUUGCCCUCGUUCAUUCUGUAAAGAUCAUGAGAAGGGAGCCCUAGUGGCAUCAGCAUUGGAUGGCCGUCUCUGCUGCUCCGAACAUAACCCCAAAUCUCCUGUGGCACCAGAGUAUUGGAGCAAGAUCAAAUGCAAAUUGCAACCCCAGAACCCUGGAGAAGAAGCAAAGGAAUAAAUUUGUUCAAACAAACAACAAAUGGCAAAUAGGUGAUGAACUUGAAGAGACUGCUAUGGCACAUUCAGUCUUCAUCAUCAGCGCCGCCUUGUUGGAACUGGGAAAGGGACCAUCUAAUCUUGGCAGGCGGAAGCAGUCAGUCGUGUCCGUUCUGGGUUUUUUUUUUUCUGUUUUUGUCCUUUUCUUACCUUACAUUUGAAUGUGCUUCAGCAGCUCUUACUGUUGGAAAACAGAAAUAUCUUGGCUUUCUUAAGGAAAAAGAUCAAAAAAGCAAACCUUUUGACAUUGAAAAGAAUAGUGUGUUAAAAUAUGUUCUUUGAGUAAAGGAAAACAUAGCAUAUUUAUUUAUUUAAUUUUAAAGGAUGUUGCGGAUUCUGGUCCUGAUCAGUCAGCGUGUCUAAAAAAAUAAUUGAGUAGCAAAAACAGUCCGGUAUAACGUGUAUGUCUAGUUAUUUUAAAAAAGGGAGAGGACCAACCCUCCCCAAUCUACAAACAGCUUUCACAUAACACCAUGAGGAGUGUUGUGGGUUUCAGAGCAGUGGACAGUGAAUGCCUUCAUUCCAGUUGGUCAUCUUUAAAGGUCUUUUGAGAAGAUGGAUUUCAUCUCAUCAUGCUUAACUUAUUAUGAAUAAUGUUGUAAAGAUUUUCACAUAAGAAAUUGGGAGUAUUAUCCGUUUGUUUUUUUUCUUGAAGUGCUUUUUAUUUCAGUAGAUAUUUUAACACAAAGGGGGAGGGGAAGCAGUCACGGUCCCUCAUUGUUAAAAUGAGUGGUUUUAGCUGACAAAGCAAGCAUAGAAAGCUUAAUUGUGCAGUGGUCACUUUUCUGCCUCGCUUCAUUUGGAGGGCAGUUUUGGGUGGAGAGGAUUCAUGGACAGCUUAGUCAUCUGAACAUUGCACUACAUUCAUCGUAGCGAAAGCCCUGAUCCUGCUUUUGUUGGAGUCAUUGCAAGCUUUGUCAUUGACUUCACUGGAUGCAGGAUUAAGCCCUUUUCGAUGUAGUUAUCAGAUAUUUAGUCUGUGCUUGUUUCAUGGUGAUUUUCUUAGAGCCUGAUCCUUUGUUACCUUCCUCUCAAACUCCCAUUGGUUUCAGAGGGAGUUCUUGAGUCUUAAAGGAAUAGGGGAUCAGCCCCAUGUGUGUAUGAUGUGUUUUUAAAAGAGUUUUGGGGAGCAGGAGUGUUUAGAUUUGCAGGGGUGGGCAUAAAUCUCCCAAUUGAAUUUAUCUUCAUUGGUUUUUAUUGAAUAGUGAAAAAUCAGUUUUUAAAAGCACUUCCUGAAUUAACAGGGUAUAUAUUGGGCCUACACUAAGGCACUCAAUCUUACAAAGUACUGUGUAUAUCCCAGUAUAGUUAGCAUAGUCAACAGUAAUCCUUUAAUUUGUAGGCAAUGGCUGGUGUUCUGAUAUUGCUAGCUACUUUUACACUAACUUUCUGCCACUGGGUGUUCCGGAGCACCCCCACCUGGAAGGAAUUAAUAACAAGGUAUGGCUGGCAGAUGGCAGAGAGAGAAUUCUUUAUUCAUUCUGAAGAACAUUCAACAUUGUCUCUGGGAAAAUGUCUGCAUAGACCUGCAGGUACAUGGUGGCAUCUCAGUUCCAGAAAGUGACUAAUAAAGGGGUGAAAAAUAAUACCAUGGGGAUUUGGAAUGUGGCUCGCCCUUGUACCAGGUUUCCUUUUGCAUUCUCAAAUUAUUUCUAAUCCGUUUGUGUGAGAGAGAGAUUUGGUCUUUUUUUUGUGCAAUUGCAAAAUUAACAAAAUACACUACAGCCUUUGAAGCACCUGAAAUGCCACUUCACUGACCUGGCAGCUAUUCCUCUUGGAACAAUUUACAGAUCCCUUUCCAGUAAACUCAGUUUGUUUGGGGUGUUUUGUUUUAUUACAUAGUAUAGAUCUUUCAUGUGAUCUUUGGGUCAGUUUAUAGUUUAGAGUGCUGAUGGAAAAUGCAGAUCACUUGUCCUGUUAUGGCCAAUACUGAAGUGAAUGUCUAAAACACUAAUCUUGCUUGUAAGCAGUGCUAUAUUUUGGUAUUUUUUACAAAAAAAAAAAAAAAAAA